ACCACAGCCGAGCAUUUUGCCAACGGGACCAACCAGAGGCGCGGGUGGAAGAGGCGGGUGGGUGGAAAAGGCGCGGAUGGAAGCUCCGCCAGGCGGCCAGGGGAGCGUCCGUUUCUCCCGGAAAGGCCCCUUUCAGGUGUCUGGGCCCAGCCUCGGCCACCAUGGCUCACAAGACUCCACUGGGCUCUUCAGCAUCACAAGCCAGCUGCCUGGAUCUGUGGAGGGAAAAGAAUGACCAGCUAGUUCGACAGGCCAAGGUUGCUCAGGACUCAGGUCUGUCUCUGAGGCGACAGCAGUUGGCUCAAGAUACACUGGAAGGGCUCAGAGAACUUCUCCAUAGUCUGCAGGGGCUCCCUGCAGCUGUUUCUGUUCUCCCCUUGGAACUGACCGUCAUCUGCAACUUCAUUACCCUGAGGGCAAGCCUGGCCCAGGGUUUCACUGAGGACCUGGCACAGUAUAUCCAGCAGGGCCUAGAGAGAGUGUUGGAGACCCAGGAGCAGCUGGAGGCCAGGCUGGAACAUGGGCUCAGGGGACUGUGGGAGUCCGUCCUCCAUAUUUCGUCCCUUCUUCCGGAGCUGCACACUGCCCUUCAUCACCUUGCUGGCCUGCAGGCUGCCUUCUGGCUGAGCACUCACCGUCUUGGGGACCUGACCUUGCUGCUGCAGACACUGAAUGUUAGCCAGAGCAGGGCCUCUGAGGAUCUGCUGCUGCUUCUGAAAACUUGGAGGCCUCCAGCUGAGGAGUCAGAUGCUCCGUUGACCCUGCAGAAUGCCCGGGGCUUGAGGGAUGUCCUCCUGACAGCAUUUGCCUGUUGCCAAGGCCUCCAGGAGCUGAUCGCAGGGAACCUUCCCAGGGCACUGAGCAGCCUGCAUGAAGCGGCCUCAGGUCUGUGCCCACGGCCUGUGUUGGUCCAGGUGUACACAGCCCUGGGGACCUGUCUUCGUAAGAUGGGCAGUCCACAGAGAGCUCUGCUGUACUUGGUUGCAGCCCUGAAAGAGGGAUCAACCUGGGGUCCCCCGCUUCUGGAGGCCUCCAGGCUAUAUCAGCAACUGGGGAACACAGCAGCAGAGAUUGAGAGUCUGGAGCUGCUGGUUGAGGCCUUGAGUGUCACUCAUAUCCCUGAAGCCCCCCAGCUUCUCAUUGAGGUAGAGUUACUACUCCCGAGAACUGACCCAGCCUCACCCCUUCACUGUGGCACACACAGCCAGGCCAAGUACCUACUAGCAAGCCGAUGCCUACAGACAGGAAGGGCAGAGGAUGCUGCAGAACAUUACCUGGACCUGCUGGCUCUGUUACUGGAUAGCUCAGAGCCAAAGUUCUCCCCACCCCCAUGCCCUCCAGGGCCCUGUGUGCCUGAGGUGUUCUUGGAGGCAGCAGCAGCGCUGAUCCAGGCAGGCCGAGCCCAGGAUGCUUUGACUGUAUGUGAGGAGCUGCUUAGCCGCACGUCAUCUCUGCUUCCCAAGAGGCCCCGGCUGUGGGAAGAUGCCAGAAGAGGAACCAAAGAGUCACCACACUGCUUACCCUGGGUCUCUGCCACCUAUCUGCUUCAGGGCCAAGCUUGGGUGCAACUGGGGGCCCAAAAGGAGGCAAUUAGUGAAUUCAGCCGGUGUCUUGAACUGCUCUUCCAAGCCACACCCAAGGAUAAAGAACAAGGCCCUGCUUCCAGCUGUGAGCAGAGGUGUACGUCGGAUGUGGCACUACAACAGCUUCGGGCGGCCACCCUGAUUAGUCGUGGACUGGAAUGGGUUGCCAGUGGCCAGGAUACCAAAGCCUUGCAGGACUUCCUUCUCAGUGUGCAGGUAUGCCCAGGUAAUCGAGACGCCUCCUUUCACCUGCUUCAGACUCUGAGGAGGCUGGAUCGGAGGGAUGAGGCCGCUGCUCUCUGGCGGAGGCUGGAGGCCCAAACUGAGUUGCCACAGGAGAAUGCUACAUGGUCUCUUCCCCUGUACCUAGAAACCUGUUUUGGCUGGAUCCGUCCCCCUGACCGUGAAACCCUUCUUGAGGAAUUUCGGACGUCUCUGCUGGAGACUUGUGACCUGUAGCUGCCACAUUUCAAAGAACCUGAGCUGGGGCCUCAGUGGGCCAUCUGUGGGGAGGGCUUUCUGCUAUAACAUCCUUGGAUUAUGUGGCUGGAGCUGACCAUUCCAGUAUAAGUCUGGCAUCAGAGAGGUUGGUGGUAGUCCUGCAAAAUUUCUGGUUCCAGAAGAAGCCCCCCUUCCACCAACAAGGCAUUGACUUUGCUCAUAGCACCUUUUUUCCUGUUUCCAUUUUCAUGUGUUGAGUAAAAUUUUUUAUCUAUCUCU